AUGAAGAUAGGGAUUCUGAUCUUACGAGGAGAUGCUGUAGAGGGUCCAUGUGUUGUCAAUCCCAGUCGCUACUUGUCUCGAACUCGUCAUCAAUUGGAGAUCCUUUACAUCAGUAAAAGCAAGGCCGAGGCGGAGAUCGACAAAGUCAGCAACGAUGGAUAUGGCAUGUUUCUGAACCAUAUGGUGGCAGAAUCGGACGACGAUGUUUUAAGAGUGGCCGCCAUCACGAGAUAUCUCGAGGCGAAAGAUAUCACAUUUCUCAACCGCCCAUACCUCCUUUACAGCAGCGACACGCGAGAAGAAAGUCGUUGUUUGCGGAUCCCAGUACAAGCUCAUGAAUUGAGUCCGGAACAUCUCAAGGGUCAGAAGUGGAUUUGCCUGGCCAUGGAGAUGGGCCGAGAAGCCUUGGUUUUUACUCCCAGCCAAUGCGCUACCUCCGUGUGCCAUGAUCGAGAAGAUUUACACACUGGCCCGGCAGACUUUACCUGGAUUAGGGAAGACCCUCUGCAGUCUAUGCUGAAGUCGAUUACGUUGGAUAUGUUGAAGGUGUCUAGCGGUGGCUUCGUGCGAGUAGAGGUUUUGCCAAAGGCAGAGUUUGGCCGUAUCUACCUGGAGGGUCUCGUUCGCACACCUCGCGCAUUUCACGGAGGAAGGUACACGACAUACGAGGACGUGGUGAUCUGUGAGGAGUUCCCUGGAGGGCAUAUGGCAUUAUUGGACAUGCUUAUCACGAGCAAACAGAUUCGCUCUGGCCAGGACAGCGACCGGAAUCAACACCUGGCGGGGGUUUAUGAUAGCUUUGCUCCUCGCUACCCUUCCGCUCGAGCCAACACCGGGCUGAGUCGAAUGCAGGAAGACCUGAGCCGAGACUACGAUUUCUCCGGAACAGUCCUCGACCUCGCGUGUGGAAACGGUGAAUUUGGCGCCACUCUGCAUGAGCUCGGUGUGUCCGCAAAAAUCACCGGCAUAGACGUCUCCGAGGGGAUGACUCGAUCCUCAUACAUUCAGGAUCACUACGAGAAGCCGAUAUUGAUCGGGCCGAUGGAUGAACUCAUCAUGGCAAGUUCCCUGGGUAUGCCUGAAUUCGAUCAUGUCGUGUGUUUCGCGGCAUUUCAAUUCCUGGACCCGGUCCACUUGACUGCGUGUUUAGCUCGCAUGUUCAUGGUUGCGCAGAGGUCGGUGACGGCCAUCCAUGAGGAUCUCAGUGAGGCAUACAUUGAAAAUAUGAAGCAACAGAACGGUGCAUUAUGUAGUAAUUUCAAUCAUACCUCGACUCUGGCGGAGUUUGGUGUGCCUAAGGGUUGGAAGCAGGUUCUCAUGGAGCGAUUCCCGUUAUAUGAUCACCCAACCCUUGGGGAGGCGGUAGAUGGAUUGGCCGUUCGUUUUGAAAGAGCGUAA